AUGGAUGAAAAAUCAGCUGGUGGGCAUAGAAUUUUUCAGCUACAUGAACUAGAGGAGUUGAGGAAUGAAGCUUAUGAAAAUCAUAGAAUAUAUAAAGAAAAAACUAAAACUUUUCAUGAUAAAUAUAUUAGCAGAAAAAAAAUUGAUGUUGGACAAAAAGUGUGGUUAUAUGAUUCUAGGCUGAAAUUAUUCCUAGGAAAAUUAAAAUCAAAAUGGAAAGGGCCUUAUGUGGUGGAAGAGACAUAUGAUCAUGGGGCUGUAAUGAUUAAAGAUCCUAAAAGUGAUCACAACUUUAAGGUAAAUGGACAGCGGCUUAAACAUUACAUAGAACAUGAACGCCUUGCAGAAAAAGAAAUUUUAUUAUUAAAAGAAAUUCAAGAGUAAGAUCAAGGAGUCCAGCUGGAGACAUUAAAUUCAGCGCUGCAUGGGAGGCAACCCAUGGUUUUUAUUUCAUUCUGUUUGAUGUUUUUAAUUUUUUUUUAAGCUCUGUUUUUCUUAGAUUUUUGCAGUACUUGUUUCUGUAUUUGUUUUUUCGAAAAACUGCAGGAGGAGGAGUGUAAGAUGAAGUGGAAAAUUAAAAACGAGGUUGAGGUGAUGUCUUUCGGAGCUUUAUCAUUUAUGACAACAUUUUUAAUGCUAAACUUUGCAUAUAUGCAUGCUUCAUUUGAAAAUUAUAUUUUCUGCAUAUUCUGUUUCGAUUUUUCUGUGUCAUUGAGGACAAUGUCAUUUUUAAGUUGGGGGGGGAAGUAUUCAUUAUUAAUUUAUGCUGUAGGACGAUUAAGAACAUGUGUUUGCAUUUUAUUCAACUUAGAACAGCAACUAAAAAAAUAAAAAAAGAUCGCCGAAUUCGGAAAAAUUGCAACAUCUAUUUUCUGGUUUUCUGUCAGUAACAACAGACUGUCAAAAACAGCAGACGAAAAAAACAACCCGAAAUUUGAAAUUAUAGAGACCCUUUUCUCACAUUUCAAUCCCCUAGACAUAUAUUACUGAAAUUCGAAAUUACAGCUAUAAAGAAGAUAGUUUUGAUUUAUUUUUGACAAAUUUAUUGCUGCUAAAAAUAGAACUGAAAACAGAAAACAGAACUGUCAGAACUAUCUAAUUUAUAAAUUUCUUACAUCAUAUUGCAUGCAUGAAAAAUUAAAUCAAUUAGAUUGAUUGAUACCAAAAGAUACUAGGAAGAUUAUUAUUGAGUCAAAAGAAUGAUCUAGUAGCAUGAAAUGUUGGAAUACUCCUUGGAUACAUGAUAGAUAACAUGGAUUUGAUUUUACAGAUUUUCACUUCAUGAUCUUGAUGGAUAAUAUUUACUUGAUGUGAAAAUUUGAUUGAUCAUUUGAGUUUAAUGGAGAUUUUUGCACCCUGAUCUAUAAGACUUGUGAGGAGAAAUCACUUAUUUCGAAAAAAAAAAAAAAAGAAAAAAAAGAGAGCAAUGUGAAAAAUCUAGAAACGAAGAGUACACAUGGAGGGUGUGAGACAUCAUUCUCAUUGUCAAAAAUUGUGCAUAGAAAAACACUUGCUGAAAAAUGAGUGGAUAAAGUGAAAGCCCUGAAAAUGAAGAGUAUACAUGGAGGGUGUGAGACAUCAUUCUUAUUGUCGAAAUUUAUCUAUAGGAAAAGCUACUUAUCCACUAUAUAUAAAGAAAGAAGAAAUAUAGUGCAAACUUCAAAAAUCAAGCCAUAGAAAAAGGGAAAUGUAGGAUCAAUAUUAUUCUUAGAUGAGUAUUGAUAAUUGGAACAUCUUGUAAAUACAUCUAUGAGUGAAGAAGUGAUAAAGAUGUGAAUAGAAGAAGUGAAGUCUAGAUUGUUAUUCCAAGGAGUGUUUAAACAUUUAAGUGCUUGACAUCAUUCUUAAAUACUUGAUAUAAGAAUCCAAAGUGUCUAAAGGUGCAUCAUUUCUAAUUGUAUUUUUUUCUUUCUGUAUUGAAAUAUGAUGUUUGAGAUUUGUAAAUUUUUAUUUUCGUAAUUCCAUUGCUAAGGGACUAGCAAUGAUUUAAGUUGGGGGGUGUGAUAAGUCUUCAUUAUCAUGAGUUAAUAAUUAGUAAAUAAUAUAGUUUUAGCCUUAACUCGUGAUAAAUAGACUUAUAAUUAUGUUAAAGUGUGAAAAGUGGUUUUCAGUUGAUUAAUGUGAUUUUUUGGGUAAUUAUGUGAUUUUAUACAAAUUUAUCUGAUUUUUACAGUCUUACUUUUGAGAUAAAUGAGGAAAAAGAAAUAAAAAUAUUGCAAAAUGGGGGGACCCGCCGGCCAGCCGGGCCCGCAAGCGGGUCGGAAGCGCAGUCGGGAGUAGCCGCGAGCAGGGGCUCGAGCGGCUUAAGCUUGGACCGAUAGGGGCACGUGUGCGCCACUCCCCUUCCACGUCACCGGUGGCCAGCCGGCUGUGAAGCAAAGAGUGGUCGUACACGCGAGAGAAGGGACUUUGCCUAAAAAGCUAACAUUACUAUAUAUUCGCCUGAAAAAUCGGCGCACAACCGAUGUGGGACUAAACCCGCGUCACACCUUCCUCAGAAGGGGGGGCGGACAAUCGGCACGGGUUCGAAUCCUCCCAGAGUCAAAAUUCAUAUAUUUUUAUCUGAUUAUCGUGACUUUCCUGCAGAUCGCCGGUGAAAGAUUAAGCAACCAGAAUCGCUGGAUCAUCGGCGAAAAUCUCGUCAACGUCAUUCGCGGAGCAUUGCUACUAAAAUUGCUGAAUGAUUCGUGAUAAAAGGAUCACAAAUCUAUCAAGUAAAUCAUCUCCGAUUGAUCGACGAACAAGCUGUUGUAAGGAAGAGGACAAUCCGUUGGGAGACGAGUCGCCACCUCCUGAGAGCAUACUAGAUGCGAUGAAGAGCCUCCUCUUGUUGCGUGGACUUGAGGAUGAAGCUCCCUGACACGUGCCCCACCUCCAUCCAGCUCCUCUCCAUUAGGUGACAACUGCCAGAGAGCCGGAAAGUCGCUGUUUUUCCGCUCCGCCGGGUGACAGCCGCCAGAGAUGACUCGACGACCCAUUUCAUUAAUCUCUAGACUUUGCGAGAAGAUCUAGAGAUUGCCCAUGUCAUCUUUGUCCAAGGAGAGCCUUUGAGGCCGUGGACACUGCACGACGAUCCUCCCGAACGCUCAAGAUUCCGAUGCAUCGCCGACUCAUCGCCGUCACGACACUGAAACUCUAUUUUCCUGCUUUCAACUUAAUUUUCAUUUCAUUUAGUGAUAAUUUGUUGAUUUUAAAUUUACCAACAUAUACUUCAUUUCAUUACGAUUCUUCCGUCUUUUAUAGAUCUUAAUUUGAUCAAUUAAAUUAUGUGUAAUCGCUUACGUAAGAAUCGCCGGACGUAACUAUGUUUCCGCCCGAUUCGCGUUCGCUGGGCGCUGACGUCAUCUUGACACCCGCACCCUUAUUUCCUUUUUUCGUGAAUUUUAAAUAUAUUUCCUUUUCAUUUCUUAGUAUAAAAUUCAUAGAAAAUAGUAUUCUUUGAGAAAAAUUCUGAAUAAUUACUAGAUAUUAUAUUACAUCCCUGUGAUCGACCUGGAAAAUUACUGCUAUUUUUGAAAAGUUUUAUUGAAUUAUAAUUGAUAUAUUUGUUCAGAAAUCCGUCUAAAUAUCAAAAAAUUCGUAUUUUCUAGUUUUAUAAAUUUUAUAUUUGUGUGAUUUAAUAUACAACGACUAAGUCACGUCAGCUCCCUUGCUCUCGCUCGCUCGCGAGCAGUUAGGAGGAGCUGCGAGUAGGGGCUCGAGCGACUUGAACUGAUGGAGGCACGUGUGCGCCACUCCCCUUCCACGUCACCGGUGGCCAGCUGGCUAUGGGGCAAAGAGUGGUCGUACACGUGCAAGAAAGGGACUUGAUUGCAAAUAUAAUAUUACUAUAUAUUCACCAGAAACUUUGGCGCACAAGCGAUGUCGAACUAAACUCACAUCACACCUUCCAUAGAACGGGCGGGCAACUAGUGCAGGUUCGAAUCUUCCAUGGGCCAAAACUCAUAUUUUUUAUCUGAUUAUCGCGACUUUUCUACACAACGUCGGUGAAGGAUUAAGCUACUAGAAUUGCUAGAUCAUCGACAAAAACCUCGUCAACACAAUUCGCGGAGCAUUGUUACUAAAAUUGUUGAGCGAUUCAUGAUAAAAGGAUCGCAAAUUCAUUGAGUAAAGCAUCUCCAAUUGAUCGACGAACAAGCCAUCAUCAGAAAGAGGACGAUCCACUAGGAGAUGAGUCGCCACCUCCUGAGAGUGUACUGGAUGCAAUGAAGAGCCUCCUCUUGCUACGCGGACUUGAGGAUGAAGCUCCUUGACACAUGCCCCACCUCCAUCCAACUCUUCUCCCUCGAGUGACAGCAGCCGAGGAGCUGCAAAGUCAUCAUUUUUCUACUCCGUCAAGUGACAACCACCAGAGAGAUUCGAUGACCCAUUUAAUUGAUCUCUAGACUUCGCAAGGAGAUCUAGAGAUUGUCCAUGUCGUCCUUGUCCAAGGAGAGUCUUCAAGGCCUUGGACACUACACGACGAUCCUCCCAAACGCUCAGGAUUCUGGUGCAUCGCUGACGUAUUGCCGCCCAAUGCCGGAACUCUAUUUUCCUACUUUCAACUUAAUUUCUGCUUCAUUAGUGAUAAUUUGUGUCAUUUAAAUUUAUGCUUCAUUCAAUUAUCAUUCUUCCGACUUUUACAGAUUUUAAUUUGAUCAAUUAAAUCAUAUGUAAUCGCUUAUGUAAGAAUCACUGGGCGGAACUAUGUUUCUACCCGAUUCGCAUUCGCCGGGCAUUGACACCAUCUUGACAUCCGUACCCUUAUUUCCCUUUUUUUGUGAAUUUUAAAUAUAUUUAAUUUCAUUUCCUAGUAUAAAAUUCAUAGAAAAUUGUAUUCUUUGAAGAAAAUUCUGAAUAAUUACUUGAUAUUAUAUUACAUCCCUGUGAUUGAUCUGGAAAACUACCACUAUUUUUCGAAGUUUUAUUAAAUUAUAAUUGAUAUAUUUGUUCAGAAAUACUUCUAAAUAUCUAAAAAUUUGUAUUUUCUAGUUUUAUAAAUUUUAACUUUACGUGAUUUACUAUACAACGACUAAGUCACAUCAAAUCUUGGCACCGUUGCUGGGGAUGUAUUACAUAAUAUUUAGUAUUUUUCUAUUUUUCUCUUAGAGUAUACAAAAAAACUAACUUUUAUUUUAUUUUCUUCUUGCCGAUAUUUUUUUUUAAAAAAAGAAGGAAACGAAGAGAAACAAGGCAAGGACUGAAGCAUACUGAAGGAGGGUAGAAAUUACUAAACUUUUCCCCUCAAGUUUAUUUAUUUUUUAUGCAUGGUAGAAGAUCCUUGCAUCCAAGGCUAGAAAAUCCUUUCAUUCUUUCAGUCAAAACUAAAAAUCCGAAAGAAAUAUUAAUUUUGAUGGAUUUUGAAGGAAGUACAAGUCAAACUGAAAACAAUCCUAUGGCCAUGAAAAAUCAUUAUAUCCCUUAUUCAUUUCAAAGAGCAUCAAAAUAUUAGAGUCCCAUUAGCACCCACUAUUCAAUUCAAAAGAAAUCCAGGAAUUUUUCAAAUGCUCCUUAAUUUUCAUGGAUUGCCUUUAAGGGAACCUCAUCAACACUUAGAAAAUUUUCAUAUGGUAUGUGAUUUAGUUAAUCUCCCUCAAGUUACACCGGAAAUUAUUAAGAUGAAAUUAUUUCUUCAUACACUUAGGGACAAAGCUAGUCAUUGACUAUCCACAUUAGAUAGAGAAUUAACUAGCUGGAAGGACAUAGAACAGGCUUUUCUUCGAAAAUUUUAUCUCUUAGGUAAAACUCAAAAUAUGAGAAAACAUAUAUAGAGUUUUUCUCAAAGACCAAGAGAAACUUUACAUGAGACAUGGGAAACAUUCAAUGAUUUACUUAGAAAAUGUCCUCAUCAUGCUAUACCCAAGUGGCAGUUCAAUAGAAUUUUUUAUGAUAGAUUAUUAGAACAAUAUAGAAAUAUGGUUGAUUCUAUAUGUGGAGGAAAUUUUAUGGAGAAAACCCCUGAUGAGAUUUAUAGUCUUUAUGAAAAUUUAAGUGAAAAUUUUAAAGAUCAAGCCUCUUUUGAAUUAUAUGACAAAGAUAAGAAGAGAGGAAUUUAUGAAUUACAUCAUGAUGAUGAUUCUAAAUUAAGAAAUGAGGUUAAUUAGAUUAAUAAAAGAUUAGAAAAUUUUAAUUUACUUAUUGACAAUAUUAGAAAGCCUCUUAGCCCUCAAUUUAAUUCAAAUAAUACGUCCUAUGUAUGCUAACAAUGAUUAUUUUGAAUUUCAAUGUUGUAGUUUAGAUCAAUCAUUUCACCAUAUGCAAGAACAAGUACAAGUAGAUCAUGGUCUUAUAAUCCUAAUUGGAAGAAUAAUUUUUCAUGGAAAGUCCCAAAUAAUAUUCAAAAUUCAGAAGCACUUAGACUCAAUUCAAACUCGUAAUGUUGUCCAAAACAAGAAAACAGAUUUCAGAAAAAUUAGUCCUCUCAAACCCAACCUGAUACUAUGGAAAUGAUGCAGCAAAUAAGCCAAAUGAUGCGACAAACUAUGAAUCAAAUGAUGCUACAGCAGAAACAAAUUAUAGAGGCUCUUGGGAAUAAGAGAGAAAGGGAGAACUACCUAGUCAGCCCAUAGAAAACCAAGGAACUGCCCAGCAAUAGGAUUUCAGCAAGGGGAGUCUAGUAGCAUGAAUCUAGGAAAAAACCCACGAAAUGAAAAUGUUAGGACAGUGAAUGCAUUAAGGAGUGGUAAGAUCUUACCUGAUUCUUAUCCCCAAACAUUAGAAGAAAAAGAAAACGUGGACAGCCCAAAACAAAAUCAAAUAGGAGUAGAAGAGGAUUUUAUACAUUCUACAAAGGAAAUUUUGAAAGAGAGGACAACCAUUCCAUUUCCUAAAGCUCUAGAGCCUAGACAAAGAAAGAAAAAGGAACACAAUGAAAAAUAAGGAAAAUUUUACAAGAUGUGUAAAUUAGUCUUCCUUUACUCACUGCCAUUGAACAUAUUCCUGAAUAUGCUAGAGUUUUGAAAGAAAUGUGUACACCAAAAAGGGCACCUAGAGUAGAAAAAUUAUCUAUGUAUGAUAGUGCUUUAUUAUUAAAUCAAUUACCAUAUAAAUUGAGAGAUAUGGGUGCCCCUUUAAUUUCGUGUGAUAUUGGUGGAUCCAUUUUUCAGAAUACAUUACUUGACACUAGUACUUCUAUUAAUUUAUUACUUGUAAGUAUUUGUGAUAAAUUUAAUAUUGCUGAUCUUAAACCUUCUACUACUACCUUACAAUUUACUGAUAGAUUCAUAAAACAUCUUUAAAGUAUUUUAAAAAAUGUGAUAGUGACAGUUAAAGGGUGUAAAUUUUCAAUUGAUUUUGUAGUGCUAGAAAUAGAUUUUAAUGGACAGUUUUAUAAUACACCAAUCAUCUUAGGGAGACUAUUUUUACAUACAACAAAGAUGAAUAUUGAUUUUCCCACAAGUAUUGUGAAUAUUUCAUGUGGAGAUCAAUUAGUAGAAAUUAAAAUUUUUGAGGUAUCAAAUGAUCUUAAGAAAUCCCAAGUAUAUUAUUGUCAUACCAUAGAUCUUCUAGAUGAUUUUGAUGAUCCAAAUUUUAUUGAUGAUUGUGUGCUAGAAGAAUUAGAGAAAUAGAGAAUAUAAAUUUGGGAGAAAAGAAAGAGGAAGAUCAUCUGAAUUUAGAGUUGAAACCUCUUUCCUCUAGUUUAAAAUAUAUAUUUUUGGAGGAAAAUAAUUCAUUUCCUAUUAUUAUUGCAGCUGAUUUGAGUGAUGAACAGGAAGAAAAAUUAUUAGAUAUACUUUGAAAAAAUAAGAAGGCUAUGGGCUGGAAAAUGGAUGAUCUAAGGGGCAUUUAUAUGAGUGUAUGCAUACAUAGUAUAUAUCUGAAGGAGGGGGCUAGAACUAGCAGGGAACCACAACGAAGAUUAAAUCCUAACAUGAUGAAAAUUGUAAAAAAAAAAAAUAUUUAAGUGUCUGGCAACUGAUAUUAUUUAUCCUAUUUCAGAUAGCAAAUGGGUUAGUCCUUCACAAGUGGUGCCAAAAAAAUUAGGGAUCAUUGUUAUAAAAGAUGAAAAUGGGGAUGAAAUACAAACAAGAUUAACUACCGGUUGGAGGGUUCGUGUUGAUUAUAUAAAAUUAAAUUAAGUUACUAGAAAAUAUCAUUUUCUUCUAUCAUUUACUCAUCAAAUUCUAGAAAAAUUAGUUGGAAAAAACUUUUUUUUUCUAGAUGGAAACUCUAGUUAUAAUCACAUUUAUAUAAACCCUUUAGAUCAAGAAAAAUAACUUUCACUUGUCCAUUUCGUACUUUUGCUUUUAAAUGCAUGCCUUUUGGUCUGUGUAAUGCUCUAGCUACAUUUCAAAUAUGUAUGCUGUCUAUUUUUUCUGAUGUGACUAGAAAAUGCAUGGAAAUUUUUAUGGACGAUUUUUCUAUUUUUGGUGAAUCAUCUGAUGAAUGCUUAAAUCAUUUACAACAUGUACUUGAGAAAUGUAUAGAGAAAAAAUUAGUUUUGAGUUAGGAGAAAUCACAUUUUAUGGUUGGAGAGGGAGUUGUGUUGGGUCAUAUUGUGAGUGAAAGGGGUUUAGAGGUGGAUAGAGCAAAAAUUGAUAUUAUAUCUAAAAUGAAACCUCCAAAUUUAGUAAAACAGAUUAGAUCUUUCUUAGGUCAUGCAGGUUAUUAUAGAAAAUUUAUUCAAGAUUUUUUGAAAAUUUCUAAACCUCUUACCAUGUUAUUAUCUAAAGAUGUGCCUUUUAAUUUUGAUGAUAAAUGUUUUGAGUCUUUUCUGAAAUAAAAAGAUUACUUACUGAGGCACUCAUUUUACAAGCUCCUGAUUAGUCCUUUCCUUUUGAAAUAAUGUGUGAUGUAUCGAAUUAUGCAGUGGGGGCCAUUCUAUGACAAACAAAAGAGUCAAAACCUAUAGUAAUUUCAUAUGCUAAUAAAACUAUAUCUGAUGCUCAAUUAAAUUAUACCACGACUGAAAAAAAGUUAUUAGCUAUAGUAUUUUUGUUAGAAAGGUAUAGAUCAUAUAUUUUGGGAGCUAAAAUUAUUAUUUAUACUGAUCAUGCAAUAUUAAAAUAUUUGUUAAAUAAGAAAGAUGCAAAGUCACGUUUAUUAAGAUGAAUUUUAUUGUUGUAGGAAUUUGACUUAGAAAUAAAAGAUAAAAAAAGUUUUGAGAAUGUUGUUGCUGACCAUCUUUCUAGAUUAAGUGAUACAGGAAUAAAUGCAGCACUUUUACAAGACGCAUUUCUAGAUGAACAAUUGAUGGCAGCUCAACAUCAACCAUCACCAUGGUAUGCACAUAUUGUUAACUUUCUGGUUUCUGGAAAAAUUUCAGAGUAGUGGGAUAAGAACAGAAAACAUCAUUUCUUUUCUAAGAUUAUAAAUUAUUUUUGGCAUGAUCUUGAUUUAUAUUACUUAGGCAAUGAUCAAAUUUUAGGGUGAUGUGUUCCUAAAGAAGAAUAUCAUAGCAUUAUUAACAUGUGCUGUUCAUCAAACUAUGGAGGACAUUUCUCUUGAGAAAAAACAGCUGCAAAAAAUUUUCAGUGUGGUUUUUAUUGGCCUACAAUUAUUAGAGAUUCUAUAGAAUUUAGUAGAACAUGUAUUUCAUGCCAAUCUAUAGGUAACAUGAGUAAAAAAGAUUAAAUGCCCAUGAGUAACAUGUUAGUAGUCGAAAUUUUUGAUGUAUGGGGAAUAGAUUUCAUGGGUCACUUCCCAUCAGCUGAAAAAUAUGAAUAUAUUUUGCUUGCUAUUGAUUAUGUGUCGAAGUGGGUGGAAGUUAUUCCUACUAGAACUAAUGAUCAUAAAAUCGUGAUGAAAUUUGUGCAGGAAAAUAUUUUUUCGAGAUUUGGAUGUCCUAGAGUGAUUAUUAAUGAUGAAGGAACAUAUUUUACAAAUAAACAUUUUAAGGAACUAUUGAAAAAGAAUGGAGUACACCAUAGAGUAGCCACUCCAUAUCAUCCCCAAACAAAUGGGUAAGCUGAAGUAGCAAAUAGGGAAAUUCAAAUAAUUUUGAGAAAAAUAGUUAGACCAGAUAGGAAAGAUUGGCCCACAAAAUUACAAGAUGCAUUAUGAGCUCAUAGAAUAGCUUAUAAAAAUCCCAUGGGUAUGUCCCCAUUUUGUCUCAUUUUUGGAAAGCCAUCUCAUCUUCUUGUGGAAAUAGAGCAUAAAGCAUAAUGGGCAUUAAAAAAUUGAUGUAUGGACGAAAAAUCAGCUGGUGGGCAUAGAAUUUUUUAGCUACAUGAACUAGAGGAGUUGAGGAAUGAAGCUUCUGAAAAUCAUAGAAUAUAUAAAGAAAAAACUAAAACUUUUCAUGAUAAAUAUGUUAGCAGAAAAAAAAUUGAUGUUGGACAAAAAGUGUGGUUAUAUGAUUCUAGGCUGAAAUUAUUCCCAAGAAAAUUAAAAUCAAAAUGGACAGGGCCUUAUGUGGUGGAAGAGACAUAUGAUCAUGGGGCUAUAAUGAUUAAAGAUCUUAAAAGUGACCAUAACUUUAAGGUAAAUGGACAACGACUUAAACAUUACAUAGAACAUGAAUGUCUUGUAGAAAAAGAAAUUUUAUUAUAA